CGCCAGACAAGUGUUCGCUCUUUUUCUUACACACAAAGGCACAAAGGGUCAGCGCGGUCGGUUCCUCACCACUGCAACCCAAUCUAUCUUAGAGCACGUUCUCUUUCCAAAUUGUUUCCCUUCUCCAUCUAUCUCCAUCUCUGUCUUCCCCUCUCCCUCUCCCUCCCUCCUCCCUCUCCCUCUCUCCCUAACCCCCUCUCUUGCGCACCCGACAUUCUCGAGCACAUCUUCUCCGCGGACCUUUGCCGUUGACAUCAACUUUCACUAGUUGACUCCUGCACUCAAUCCCCCCCUCCCCCGUUUAUCCCGCGGGCACUCAGAAAACACGACGAGUCCGACAGAGGAGCAGCCGGUUCAAGCAGGCCGACGCAGCCCAGUCGAGAGCGAGCAAACACAGCGGUAGUAAGGUCGACAGAACAAGCGAGUAAUCCCGUCAAUCUACGGAUACUACGGGGGGUCAACCACGUCGACUUGAUCCAUCAAAUCAAUCAAUUCCGUCGCGUCCCCACUCGCCGCGCUCUGUCCUCAACUCAACUCAACACGACACGACACUCGGCAACGGAACGGAACCUUCCUCAAGCCAUCAUCCAUUCUGCUGUCUCCUGUGCCCGGAUCUUCUCGUCUCACACGCACUCACCCGGUGUCUCUUGCGUCUCAUCCGCCCAUCUCACCUCGCUUCCUUCACCGAACUUCUCAUGUUUGCAUCCUGCCGUUAUAUUACUCCUUACCUCGCAAACGUCUUCUACCCAUCUAUCCACUUUGUCACCCCUAAGCGCACUCUCACCGGAAAAUGAUCUGCGCCAGUUGACGGAAGACGAAGAAGUAGAAGCAGAAGAAGAAAAAACAAACCAGCCACAGACUUCCUCAUUCUACAUGCAAACGACCGUUCGCCUCGGGUAAUCAAUCGACAUUGACCCUUUUUUGACUUUUUUACUUCCACCAAACCAUUUCUUCGGGUUUCCCUUGUCCCCCUUUUCCCUCCGCUUUCCACGCGUCUGCGCUUUGCUGCAGCACACAAGAAAGAGCAGAGGUACCUUGCAUACCAAAACUCCCUCGGGGGAUACUUUUUACCUUGUUGCCACUCAAUGCCCGGCCAGUAAGCUCAGAGCCCAAAUCUGCGUGCCUGGGGGAACCGUUUCCGCACACACCCUGGUCCGCGGUCUAAUCCCUCUCGCUUUUCGUGUCUGGAACUUCUCUGGACCUCCCACCCCAACUUUCUUACCACCUCACACCCACGCGCACACCGUCCUGGAACGCGUCGCAUUUCGACUCUACCGAUUCUCAGACGCCCGACGGACCAUCGAAAAGUUCAAAGUCGCGUCGAGACUGGGUAUUUUUACCCAAUAUGUCUCUCUUUCCCAGCGAGAGCGGCCUGUCCGCUGCCGCUACCGAUUGUUCUUCCAACAUCGCGUCUUCGAGCUCGACACCCCCUACCAGCAUUUCUGACAUCGCCAGCCAGGCCUCGGAUGGUCCCAAGCUAGACGACGUUCCCGUCAUUCUCGAAUCCGAAGCCCAAACCGAAACCCACACCCGUAUCGAAACCCGUAUUGAAGCCCAGAUCGAGGCCCACAUCGAAAUCCCUGAUGCCAUCGCCGCCGAACCAGCACGCGAAACACCACCGGAACCUCAGUCCGAAGGACGACCUCGCCGAUCAUGCUCUGGGAAGCAAACGUACAACCUGUCACAACUGAGCGGCACAGCAAACCGCGGCAAACGACGCGCCAAGGGCGACGAUGUCGCAGACCGGCGCAGGACCAUUUCGGGCGCGACACUCAUCAGCCCUGGCCUCAAUACUGACACCAACGCUGACGAUGUCGCGCGCGUUGCCGGCAACCUCGUCCGUGACGGCAUUGACGCGUUGAACCUUCAAUGGUCCGUUGGAGACCUGAAGACCCCGCGCCCGAAGAAGACAAAGAUGGAAAAGGCAGAUACCUCUCGCAUCACCCGCCAUACGGCGCGUCUUAUCGGCACGCCUGUUGAGAACCUUGCGACCAAGGUGUCUAACCUCGGGAAAAGGAGCCGCAAGACUUUCGAGAAGAGCAUAGCCAAGGUUCCUCGUGAGCUGCUCCGCCUCCGGGACACGAAGGAAUUCGCCGGCAUUGACGAUAAGCCCGUUAUAAGAACGGUCUGGUCUAACGGAAAGCUCGUGAUAUUGGACGAGAAUGGCAACAUCCCUGCACCGCCACCCAAGAAGGCCAAAUCAGAGCCGCUCGAGACUAAGAAGGAGGAAGCAGAGGAGAAGCCCGAACAAGCUGCUGAAGCACAGCCCAAAAAGACGAGGCGAAACAAGAAGUACCUCGAUCGCGGACUGUAUGCCGGUCAAGCGACCCCUUCGGACCUGACUAAAGGUCUUUCAGCCGCUGAGCAUAAGAAGCUCGCGCAGACCCCGGAGCUGAAGGACUAUGGCCGCUCCAACAAGGCCCUGCCGUUGCCCAUGUUCAACGGAUUGCGACUGCUUCUGAGCGGCCGCGACUUCAAGCUACCGUUCGAUGUCUGCAAUCCUCUGCCGCCGGGCCAGCCGAAGCCUGACGAGUUCCGGAAGCUCACCAAGAAUCGCUUUAUUGGAGAGUCGCAUUCUUUAUGGAAGAAGACGCCACACUUCCUUGACCAGUCCAAGUGCGUUUGCAAGGUCGAAGACGGUUGCGGUGAAGAUUGCCAGAACCGAAUCAUGCUGUACGAGUGCGACGACAAGAACUGCAACGUAGGCCGGGAGCAUUGCACAAACCGCGCGUUCGCCGAUCUCCAGGACAGAAGAGUAGGGGGUGGCAAAUACCGCGUCGGCGUCGAGGUAAUCAAGACACCUGAUCGUGGCUACGGCAUCCGCGCCAACAGAUGCUUCGAACCCAAUCAGAUCAUCAUGGAGUACACGGGUGAGAUCAUCACGGACGAGGAGUGCUCCGAACGCAUGGAAAACAAGUACAAGAACAACAAGUGCUACUACCUUAUGAGCUUCGACCAGAAUAUGAUCAUCGACGCUACUAAGGGUAGUAUUGCCCGUUUCGUGAACCACUCGUGUGCCCCCAACUGCCGGAUGAUUAAAUGGAUCGUAUCCGGUCAGCCGAGGAUGGCACUCUUCGCGGGAGACAAGCCUAUCAUGACGGGCGAGGAGCUCACUUACGACUACAACUUCAGUCCUUUCAGUGACGAAAACGUCCAGACAUGCCUCUGCGGCGCGCCGAACUGUCGAGGGAUCUUGGGGCCGAAGCCUCAGGAAGUCAAACAGCCCAGGCCUCCCAAGUCGACUCUCAAGGCCGUUGUCAAGAGCGCUGUCAAGGCUAGUAAGCGCAAGAUUGAGACGUUGGUCGGCGACGACGGUGACAACGACGGCUCGGCAAAGAAGCGCAAGAUCAAGGCUGCCAAGGGAGUGCGACGGUCACUCUCUUCGACCGGCCUGCUCACCAAGGCGGCCGCCAAGGGCGCGGCGACGGUUAAGAGACGUGUGUCGGCUAUGGCAAUUCUGAGCAGCACGACGAACACGCCUGCCAAGGCCACUAAGGCGACUGCGAAGAAAUCCACGCCAAACAAGAUAUAUACUGCCCCCCACCCCGCGCGCAAGGCCACGGCGGUCCGUAAGUCGGGCUCUGGCAAGGUGCUCAAAACAUACGGGAAGGGGUCGCCCAAGACAACGAGCCGGGCGCCGAGCAUGACCAUUGUAGCUGCGGGAGCAGAGGACGAUGAUGAUGCGGCGCCGAAGAAGAUGUCCAAGCUUCACCGGAGCUUGAGCAAGGCGUCGCGCAACGCAUUGGAGGAGCUUUCCAUGGGGUCCACCAUUCGGCUUGUGAGUCCCGAGCUCGUGAAUCCCGAGGCCACCAUCACGGCCCGACAAGAUUAGGAGUGGGAGGAGACAUGGGCCACGCUGGAUGAGGCACUGUAUCAUUCGUGCCCAUCCAUUAUAAUUGAAUCUUGACGUCAACAAACGAGGGCGGUCUGGAUGUAAGGCGUUCGCAAGGUGUUUUCGGUCAUUCAACAGGCGAAAUGGAGGCAUUGUACAUUACGGGAUGGAGGGGCAUCAUCGUACACGGGCGAACGAACGAAGAGGUGAUGACAGGAGUGGUGGAAUGCGGAGAUGGAUGUUUGAGCCCUGGCGACCGUCGGUAUUCUUCCGAACAGGAAGUCAGGCAGUCGGACAAUUUUUGCCUUUUAUCUUUUAUCUUUUUUAUCUCCUUUGCAAAUUUUGCUGUAGAAGGUCGACGGAACCGAAACUUGCCGCCAUUGCAAGGCCUAUCCAUAUUUUCCCACCGUCGUCCUCGUGGUCUUUAGUACUAGCUACUGGGCGGGCAUAUUACUCCUUGCACCACCAUCGUUCGCUUUCCGGAUCAUGGCAGGGUGCGAGCCACCCGAAUAC